AUGACUGCUAAAGAAGAAGAAGAGGAGGAGAAAAUGGCGAUGAGUAGGAAGGCGAAGAGGAAGGAGAAGAAGAAGUUGAAGAGAAAGCAAGCAAGGAGGGAGAUAGCGGAGAAGGAGAGGGAAGAGGAGGAGAGGAGACUCAACGAUCCAGAGGAGCAGAGGAGAUUGAAGGAAAUGGAGGAAGAGGAGAAGGAGAGAAUGGAAAGGGAGAGGAAAGAGUUUGAAGAGAGAGAGAGGGAGUGGAUGCAAGUUAUGGAGAGGAAGAGGAAAGAAGAAGCAGAAGAAGAAGAAAGAAGGAAGGUUCUGGAAGAAAAGGAAGAGGAAGCUAAUAGACUACUUGAGAAUGGAAAGGAGAAUGAGUGCAAUGAGGAUGAUGAUUGGGAAUACAUUGAAGAAGGGCCUGCAGAAAUUAUUUGGCAAGGGAACGAGAUAAUUGUUAGGAAGAAAAAGGUCAGGGUUCCAAAGAAGAAUGCCGAUGGCCAGAGUACAAAAGAGGAUGUUGAUAGGCCCACAUCAAAUCCUCUUCCUCCACAAUCUGAAGCUUUUGCCGAGCACCAGAAUGCUUCGAUUGUUUCAGCACAACAGAUGCUUGAGAAUGUCGCUCAACAAGUACCAAAUUUUGGAACUGAACAGGAUAAAGCUCAUUGUCCUUUCCAUUUAAAAACUGGAGCUUGUCGGUUUGGUCAGCGCUGCAGCAGAGUUCAUUUUUAUCCUGAUAAAGCAUGUACAAUCCUUAUCAAGAACAUGUAUAAUGGUCCUGGCCUUGUUUGGGAGCAAGAUGAGGGGCUUGAGUAUACAGAUGAUGAGGUUGAACGCUGUUAUGAAGAAUUUUACGAGGAUGUGCAUACAGAGUUCUUGAAGUAUGGAGAAUUAGUUAAUUUUAAGGUCUGUAAAAACGGUUCAUUCCACUUGCGGGGUAAUGUAUAUAUACACUAUAAGUCAUUGGAUUCAGCUGUGCUUGCUUAUCAUUCUGUCAACGGUCGCUACUUUGCUGGCAAACAGGUAAAAUGUGAAUUUAUCAAUGUGACCAGAUGGAAGGUCGCCAUAUGUGGAGAGUUUAUGAAGUCAAGGCUAAAGACAUGUUCUCAUGGAUCGGCUUGCAAUUUUAUUCAUUGUUUCCACAAUCCUGGUGGGGACUAUGAAUGGGCUGAUUGGGAUAAACCACCACCAAGAUAUUGGGUGGAAAAGAUGGUCGCUUUAUUUGGUUAUUCUGCUGAAUCUUUGUAUGAGAAGCGCACGGAGCAAAAAAAGUUAAGGCAAAUGAGGAUGCCUAGCAAGAUGUUAACAGCAGAUAGAGACAGGUGUGCUCAUAGUUCUGGCACAAGAUCUGAAUAUGGUUCCAAGCACGAUCGUAUGCGUAGAUCUAGGUCUAGAGACAUGGAUCAUGCAUUCCAUAGCUCUCAUAAAAGCAGCGACAUUGAAGAUGAUGUCCCAGAAGGCAUUCACUGGAGAAGCCAUUCAAAAGAUGAUGGAUCUAAUUCUGAUGGGGGUCAGUCGGAUAAUGACACAGAAAGAGACAGAGACAGAGACAGAUACAGGCAUCGUUAUCAUGCAAAGAAAAGGUCAAGACACCAUAGCAAAGUGUCAGAACUCUCACCUAAUUAUGUGAAGAAUAAUAACAAGUCCCGUGAGAUUGAUCAAAUCGAGGAGUUGUCAGAUGAUGGCAGAAACAGGCAUAAACAUUUUGGUUCCACCAAAAGCUCAGGACUUCGGGCAAAGAGGCCUUUUGUAGAUGAUAACAGAGACAGGAAGGAUGAGGCUCAUCGAGUUGACGGAUACAGGUUGGAUGGGGACAUAAAUAAAGAAAAAUGGCAUAAUUGCACGGGGAAAAGCUCAAGACACCAGAGGAGAGUAAGGUCCCCUGAUUAUCUUGGGGAUGGUGAGAGUAGAACUCUUGAUAUUGGUUCCAGCAGAGAGUGCUCACCUAGGGACAGAGACAGACACCAUUAUCUCGUAAGCAAAAGCUCAGGAAACCAGAACGAUGUCUUGGAAUUCCCUGAUAAUCAUUGGGAUAAUGGGUCCAGAACUUAUGGUACUGAUUCCAGUUACGAUCUGGUAGACAGGGACAGGGGAAGGCAUCUCAGCUGUGGAAGGAAACGUUCGAAGCACAGUGAACCAGAGUUUUCAGACGAUGAAGGUGUAAGUGCGAAGAGGUUGAAAGACAAUUCUCUUGUUGGUGAAUCUGACAUAAGAAAAUCUCACCUACAAAGAAACCCAACAGGUGGUCACUCAACCAGAAGAAAUAGUUCAAGCAGAGAGAGUGGUGAGGUGAAUUUUCCUGUUGACAGUCCUAAACCAGAUGGGAACCAUGUGUAUGGCCAGGUGAAACAAUGUAGUGGAAGAUGGGAAUCAUACAGUCCUGAUUCAAGAUACAACUUUUCUGAAGAAAUUGACGAGCAGGAUCGUUGGAAACCCGAAAGCUCUGAGAAAGACCAGAACUUUGGAAGAACAUUUGUCAGUGUUGACCGUUACGAGUCUGGCAGUCAGUGUGAUGGAAGAUCUGAAUCUCAUGAUAACAAUUCAAGUUACUCUUAUAACGAAAAGAUGGAGAGAGGUGCUUGGGAAUAUGGAACAGUUGCUUCUGGGAAACACCACAAAUCUAGAAGUGAUCUUACAGUUGGUGAUGAUAAGUAUGCUGGUACAUCAAGCUCCUGGGACAGAACCUCUGCUGAGCUUUAUGAUGAAAGCAAAUCAGGGAGCAGUAACCGGACAAGGCAUAAGAGACACUCAAAACGCUUGGAAGAGGGAAGAGAUUCUCCUAUAGAGAGCCCAGAAAAGGAAAAGAAAACCAAUAACCAGCAUGCAAAGCUAAGAUCCCAUGGCCAUAGACUGGAUGACAAGGAAUACAAUUCAUAA